AUGGAUGAAGCCAUAGAACUUUCACCCGAUGGAAACUCCUUGAUCAAAGCUGUCUAUCACAGCAGACUUCGUCUCACAAGAUUGCUGCUAGAAGGUGGGGCCUACAUCAAUGAAAGCAAUGACCGCGGUGAAACCCCUUUGAUGAUUGCUUGUAAGACAAAACAUGUGGACUGUCAGAGUGUUAGCAAAGUAAAAAUGGUGAAAUACCUUCUGGAAAAUAAGGCAGAUCCAAACAUUCAGGAUAAAACCGGAAAGUCAGCCUUGAUGCAUGCCUGCUUGCAUAAAGCUGGCCCUGAAGUUAUUUCUUUACUGCUUAAAAAUGGAGCGGACUUAAGUUUACAAGACCAUUCUGGUAAUUCAGUUCUUGUUUACUCAGUGAAUUCAGAGGAUAAGGAAAGCCUCAAAGUUAUUCUAGAUGCUUGCAAAGCAAAAGGGAAAGAAGUCAUUAUUAUUACAAAGGAUAAAUCUCCAUCUGGAAGGCAGACCACUAGACAGUAUUUAAAUGUGCCGCCUCCUGACAACGAGGAAUGUCUGUCUCCAAGUUCUUGCACUUCUCCAUCAGAUGUAGAAGUCAAAACCUCUCCAUCUCCACAAGAAAACUCAAAAGGUACAGAAAAAGGUCUGUUCAACUUCAAAGAGCCUCAUCAUUCUGGAAGAAAGGAGGAUAUACCUAAGCCACCCUCUCCGUCCAGAAAACCUCAGAUGCAGAACGUGUGUUCUGAGCCCUGGGUGAAGGCUCCGUCUUCAAUUUUUGACCAGAACAGAGUCUCCUCUUUACAAGAAGACCUGCAGGAUAUAACUCCAGAGGAAGAAUUAUGUCUAAAAAUCAAUAAUCUUGCCCUAUCUAAGAGAUUUAUCACCAGACAUCACAGCAUUGAUAUAAAAGAUACCCUUAACUUCUUGAAGAGCUUUGAGCAAACUGCCUCCAGAAAAAUGUCAUGUGAUGAGAUAAAUUCUCAUGCGCUUUUUGGUGAGGUAAACCACAUUCAAAGUGAAAUUCCUGUAGAUCAAAAUUCAGAUUCAGCCCCGAUGAGCUUCGUAUCCACGCUGAAGAACAUUGUUCAGAGAAGAAACCUAGGGGCAAAUCAUUACAGCUCUGAUUCCCAGUUAACUAGAUUAGGACCUCCCGUAGAAGAUAGUAAAUCACUUCUAGGGAAGAAAAAGCUUCUCUCCCCUUCUUCAUCUUUGUCAUCAAGUUCCAGGGAGCUGAUAGAAAACAUGCCUCCAAAUCUACUGAGCAGGAAAAAUCAUGCUGUGUUAGAGAGGCGUGGGUCAGGAGCCCUCGUUUCAGAUCAUAUGGCUCAGGUUAGACCAGGCUUUCUACCCCCUUUAAAUGUGAAUCCUCAUCCUCUGAUCUCUGAUAGCUACAGGUUGUCUUCAGUGGUUCCUUAUGGGCAGAAAACCCUCAUCCCAACAGCACCCGCGUAUCCCAGGGAUCUCAAAAAUAAGACUCUGUUGACAAGGAGGCAGUCAUUACAAACAGAGCAGAUCAAGCAACUGGUGAACUUUUAA